ACACAGACGCUGUGAACUUUGACUUGCCUACCUUUAGGACCUGGGGGAAUCCCUGGUCAGUACAGGAGUAGAGCGUUACUUGGCUUGGAGUGCGGAUUGACAGUUUGGCUCACAAUAACCAUAACAAGCCCACUAACUAAGGCAGCAUUGCGGACUGGGGUCAAGUGGGAAAACUGCUCAAGAGCAGACCGUACUUCAUAAACGGGGUAGCAUUAAACUGAAGAACAACAAACCCGGGGAGAAUGCAAUGGAAAACAAACUAAGGAAGUUAAACAGCUCUGUUUAGUGAGCCUACGGUCGUUUAAACAAAACUGCAUGAAGUUUUAAAAUCCAAUCAAAUUUAAAGUCGUUGCUCUUGUUAAACAAAGACUAGCCAGUAUGAAUACACGUAUGUAGCCGUAUGGACUGUUGUAUUAAUUUAACUUAGAAUAUGUUUGCACCAGUGAGCAAUUAAUACAACUAGGCUACCAACAAAUUGAUACAAAAAUAACUUUUGAAGUGGUAAAAUAAAUUGUAGGUGUAUGUUCCGUGGGACUUUCUUUUCCUACACAAUGUAACGCGUUACACUGGAUUCCCUUUCUGGAUCAAGCAGGUAAUGACGGUGUUAAGAACUGCAUAAAACGCCAGUGCAGGUGCAACGAAACAAAUUAAACGUCGUCUGUGGCUUUGAUGUCCGUGCUUUACCGGGUGGAGCCAGCGCGAAGUUGAUGAGCCCUCAUGCCGAAGCAGUGGUGAUGGGGAGCGGCAGCUCCAGGUCUACUUCCCUGCGGAAAGUCUGCUCUGAUCACUGCGGCGGGGUUAACUGGCUAAGCCUGAGUCCGGACGGGAGCUACCUGCUCACCUGCAGCGAGGACUGGACCGCUCGCCUGUGGAGCACCUCGGAUCAGCGGUGCUGCAUGCUAUUCCAAGGCCAUGAGAACUACAUCACUUCCUGCCACCUGGAGAACGAUGCUGCGUACACGUGCAGCGCGGACCACAGCGUCCGGAGAUGGGACCUGACGACAGGGGGCUGCACGGCUGUCUUCAAGGGGCACUCCUCCAUCGUCAACAAAGUCCUGGUGACCCGAGGCUGUCUGUUCAGUGUCUCCUAUGACCGCACCGCGCGGUGCUGGAGCGUGGAGACGGGGAGGCAGCUCCAGGAAUUCCGUGGACACCGGAACUGUGUGCUCGCUCUCACCCACUUCUCCUCCCAGGACCUCCUUCCCGAGCCAGAGUCGGACAGCGAGCAGGUCAGAGACUUCCUGGUCACAGGCAGCACUGACUGCACCCUCAAGCUCUGGCUCGUGUCCGACGGGCGCUGCUACAGGACUCUGCGUGGGCACAGCGGGGCCAUCCUCUGUCUGGCACUGGACACAGCGAACAAGGCGCUGUUCUCCGGGAGUACGGACUGCACUGUGCGCAGAUGGGACCUCGCUACUGGAGAACAGACCAAGGUCUUUCGAGAGCAUCAGGGCUCUGUCAUAUGCUUGGAGCUUGUUAGUCCGCACUUUUACUCUGGGAGUGCAGACCGAACAGUCAAGUGCUGGCUGCUGGAUUCAGGGAAGUGUGUUCGGACCUACCAGUCUCACAAGCGCACUGUCAGUGCAAUCAGAUACCACAGUGGAAUAUUAUUUACAGGAAGCGGUGAUGCCUGUGCCAGAGCCUUUGAUACCAAAUCAGGGGUCUUGAGAAGAGUGUUUAGGGGGCACACCUUCAUCAUUAAUUGUAUACAGAUUCACAACCAACUGCUCUACACCGUCUCCCACGAUGGUACUUUACGAGUCUGGGAUGUGCGCAGCGUUUUAGAGCAGGACAAGGAAACCCCAAGAAAGGAUUCCCAGAAAGGCAGCCUAACCCGGUUGUGCAACAACAAGGUAGGCUGCAUGUGGGGCUCCCAGCCCCAGAGGACAGAGCGGAGCUCCCAGGCUGAGCGAGAACUCGGAGAACAAGAGAGCAUCGAGCUCGUCUGACAGCAUCCCUGAGGACAGAGUGGAGCUCCCAGGCUGAGAGAGAACGAGAGAGCAUCGAGGACAGAGCGGAGCUCCCAGCCUGAGAGAGAAUGAGAAUGAGAGAGCAUCGAGCUCGUCUGACAGCAUCCCUGAAGACAGAGUGGAGCUCCCAGGCUGAGAGAGAACGAGAGAGCAUCGAGGACAGAGCGGAGCUCCCAGCCUGAGAGAGAAUGAGAAUGAGAGAGCAUCGAGCUCGUCUGACAGCAUCCCUGAGGACAGAGUGGAGCUCCCAGGCUGAGAGAGAACGAGAGAGCAUCGAGGACAGAGCGGAGCUCCCAGCCUGAGAGAGAAUGAGAAAGAGAGAGCAUCGAGCUCGUCUGACAGCAGCCCCGAGGACAUGUCUCUAUGGAAGGCUUUCAUAAAUUUUAUUGCACUAAAUAAUUAUAUAAAAAAAAAAGUUUUAUUUUAAAUACAA